AUGGUACUGCAAGAAGGUAGAGUUUCGGGACUAUGUGUUUCAGGAAUGGACACGGGGGUACAUGAGUCCCGAGCACAUGGAGAAAUCGGCGGCGAAGAAGUCGGAUCCAUAAUUGCAAUAGUAAGAGAUGAUAUUAGCAAAAUAGAUGGUUAUGUCGAAAGAAUUAUUCCAGGGUAUUUGCCUGAACAGUUCAAAAGACAUUUCAGAUUAUCAAGGGAGACAUUUGAAUGUAUUUUGAAUCAUUUGGCAAAUUUUCCAACUCUACAAAGAAGACAGCAAACAGGACGAAGGUUACAAACAACUCUAGAAAAAGACCUCAUGAUGCAGCUUUGGUACUUAGGUACGCAGGAAACUGUUCGGUCGAUCUCGGAUAGAUUUGAUGUGCAAGAAUCCACACUGAUACUUCAUAAUAGAAGACUCAUAGAUGUGUUUAGUGAUUUGUGCAAGAAAUUUGUAAAGUGGCCAAACAAUGAAGAAAAACAAGAAAUUAUGUCAGAAUUUGAGGAUUUCAGUGGGUUUCCUGGAUUCAUUGGAGCAUUGAUGGAACUCACAUAUCCAUAA